AUGGCUCAGCUGGCGACCCAGUAUGCUGCCCAGGCUAUGAAUUACACUUGUAUUCACUUCAUUUCGAAUUUUUCAAUCCUAAAGUUGAAACGGCCGAAUUCCGCGGCACAUGCCGUCGCCAGCACAGAUGACGUGCUAUUGGGGCUCAAAUGUCUUUUGAAGACGUGGCGGCCAGGUAAUCAGACAACUUGCACCGGCUUCCCUGCCGCGGUCGUUGCUUAUCUUCGAAAACAUCUGAUUUCCCCGCUGCUCUGCUGUUGGGCACAGUACUAUGACCCCGCAGAUAUCGCGUCGAGCCAUCCGCGUCACGACUGCUUCGAACAGCUACUCGGCAUCUUCUCCGCAUCAAAGGGCAAUACGAGUCAUCUCAUGCGGAGCUUCGAACUCGCCCUGCGGCAUGAUGCUUAG